UGAGCCAACGGCCUGAGAGGGCUUAGCUGGUCCAGGUGGGGUUCUGAAGGCCAGCGGGGGUGGAAUUACUAGGGGAGGGGGCGCAGCAGAAACUACCCUGACUGAGCGGCCGGGUCUGCGGCCGCCCGGGACCCCCAACCACCAUCCCAGCAUCCUCUGCGCCGCGCCGGCCCCGGACUGCAUUUCCCAGCGGCCACUGCGGCCUGCCGGAGCGCUCAGGCGCCUUUGUGAGCGCGGCCGGGAGCCAGGGUCGAGUCCUGGCCCGGGCCUUGGCCCAGCCCCGGCCCCCAAGGACUGCGUCGAAGGAGGUACGCACUGGAGGGAGGAGGCGGUGAGGAGCGCAGGAUGGAGCGGACGCCGGCAGCGGCCAUGCCACCAUCUCUACAUUCUCAGGUUACUGUCCUUCUCCCAGAGAGGAGCCUAAAGGAGUAGGACAGAAGAACUGUCAAAUUCUUGAAUCCUUAAAGCCAUGUCCAAGGAUUUGGUGACAUUUGGGGAUGUGGCUGUAAAUUUCUCUCAAGAGGAAUGGGAAUGGCUGAACCCUGCUCAGAGGAAUUUGUAUAGGAAAGUGAUGUUGGAGAACUACAGGACCUUGGUAUCAUUGGCAGGAGUUUCUGUUUCUAAGCCAGAUGUGAUCUCAUUAUUGGAGCAAGGAAAAGAGCCCUGGAUGGUGAAGAAGGAGGGAACGAGAGGUGCAUGCUCUGAUUGGGAGUAUGUAUUUAAAAACAGUGAAUUUUCAUCAAAGCAAGAGACAUAUGAAGAGUCAUCCAAAGUUGUGACAGUAGAAACAAGACAUCUUAGUUAUGCCUUUGACUACCCUAGUUUGAGAGAAGACUGUCAAAGUGAGGACUGGUAUAAGAACCAGUUGGGAAGUCAAGAGGUACAUCUUAGUAAAUUAAUCAUCACUCAUAAAGAAAUCCUUCCAGAAGUUCAAAGUAAAUAUGACAAAUCUUGGCAAACAUUGCAUCGGGAUACAGUCUUUGAUAUACAACAGAGUUUUCCCACCAAAGAAAAAGAACAUAAGCAUGAAGCACAAAAGAAAGGUUACCGAAAAAAAUCUGUUGAAAUGAAACAAAGGAAAGUCUAUAUGGAAAAGAAACUUUUGAAAUGUAAUGACUGUGAGAAAGUCUUCAACCAGAGCUCAUCCCUUACUCUUCAUCAGAGAAUUCAUACUGGAGAGAAACCCUAUGCAUGUGUUGAAUGUGGGAAAACAUUCAGCCAGAGUGCAAACUUGGCUCAACAUAAGAGAAUACAUACUGGGGAGAAACCCUAUGAAUGUAAAGAAUGUAGGAAAGCCUUCAGCCAGAAUGCACACCUUGCCCAACAUCAGAGAGUUCAUACUGGAGAGAAACCUUAUCAGUGUAAAGAAUGUAAAAAAGCCUUCAGCCAGAUUGCACACCUGACUCAACAUCAGAGAGUUCAUACUGGAGAGAGACCUUUCGAAUGUAUUGAAUGUGGAAAGGCCUUUAGUAAUGGUUCAUUUCUUGCUCAGCAUCAGAGAAUUCAUACAGGAGAGAAACCUUAUGUGUGUAAUGUGUGUGGGAAAGCCUUUAGCCAUCGUGGAUACCUAAUUGUACAUCAGAGAAUUCAUACUGGAGAGAGACCCUAUGAAUGUAAGGAAUGUAGGAAAGCCUUCAGCCAGUAUGCACACCUUGCUCAACAUCAGAGAGUUCAUACUGGAGAAAAACCUUAUGAAUGUAAAGUAUGUAGGAAAGCCUUCAGCCAAAUUGCAUACCUUGAUCAACAUCAGAGAGUUCAUACUGGAGAGAAACCCUAUGAAUGUAUUGAAUGUGGGAAGGCCUUUAGCAAUAGUUCAUCACUUGCACAACAUCAGAGAAGUCAUACUGGAGAAAAACCCUAUAUGUGUAAGGAAUGUAGGAAAACAUUUAGCCAGAAUGCAGGCCUUGCUCAACAUCAGAGGAUUCAUACUGGAGAGAAACCUUAUGAAUGUAAUGUUUGUGGGAAAGCCUUUAGCUACAGUGGAUCUCUUACUCUACAUCAGAGAAUUCAUACUGGAGAGAGACCCUAUGAAUGUAAAGAUUGCAGGAAAUCUUUCAGGCAGCGUGCACAUCUUGCUCAUCAUGAGAGAAUUCAUACUAUGGAGUCAUUCUUGACUCUUUCCUCCCCCUCCUCCUCCACAUCUAAUCAGUUGCCAAGACCUGUAGGUUUCAUCUCCUGAAUUUGUCUGGAAUCUAACCUCUUUAAUCCAUUUCCAUUUCAUCAUCCUUGUCCAAUGCACAUUAAUAUAUUUGACAUGGGAUACUCAAGUAGCUUUUUAGUUGGUCUCCUUGUAUUCACCAUUGUCUCUGUCAGCUGUCCACAUUGCAGCCAAUUUUGUAUUUAAAAAAAUAUGUUUAAUCUCAUUUCUCCCUCAUUAAAAUUCAUCAGUG